CCCUUUCCAAUACCCGCUUGGGCAUUCAACGUCGCUCGGUGUCGCCCACCUCGUCGCGAGCUCGUCGCUCUCGUAGCACAGGGAAUGUUUCCGGCCGGCCGAUCCGCCGUCUCUUCCCUGCGCAGCCUUCCCACGGGCGCUGCGAUCCUCACCUCACGUCGAGAUUCCUCAUUAGCGGUAGCCGCCGCGCACAAAAAAAAAACGAAGAAUUCGGAAAAUUCGAAUAAGUCGAAUAAUUCGAAUAAGUCAGUCCAUCCUUCGUGCCCAGCGCGGCUAACUGCGCUCACCACGCGUCCCGGUCCUGCCACGCUACGGACUCUCGUUUCAGCCAGCAGCCGCACACACGGUGGCAUAACCCUGUCAAGCAUCAGAAGCCCGACGCGACUCUCCUCUCCCUACCUGCACCGCGCUCCCCUCCCUUCGUACCCGCGCUUCUCCUUCCCCCUUCCCUUCCCCGCGCACCUCCAUCCUUCCUCGCGUCCCCUCUCCGUGCGUCGUAUGGACGCGCCACCGCCAACCACAACCGCAGCGGCAGCAGCAGCAGCGCUGGAAGCGGGGGUUGAGAGGAUAGCAGAUGGCGCAGUGACUUCCGCUGCUAUCGCCAUGACAUCAGACGGUCGCAUCCGCCUGGCGUCCUUCCAGCAGCACUGCGGGCAGACGACAGUGGGGGUGGUGCGAGAUGGUCGCAUCUGGCCGUUACACGAGUGUGUGGAGGGGCCCUCGUCGCUGCCCGCCCCCAUUCACCUGCACAGCAUGGCGUCCGUCAUUGGCAGCUGGGAGGAGAUUCGUGCGCGGCUGAGCCUUGAGAAGCUGCCCGAGGGGAAGGGGCAGCUGCUGUCAGAGAGCCACCUGCUGGCGCCUCUACCGCGGCCUGCCGGCGCUAUCAUGUGCAUUGGGAAGAACUACGAGGAACAUGUGAAGGAGGUGGACACGUGGAAGACUGCUCCCCACAUCACACAGCCCAGCAUCCCCACUCACCCCAUUGUGUUCACCAAGGCUCCCCAGUCGGCGACAGGCCCCGGCACGGCCAUCCGCAUUCCCCAUGGCCACUCACAGGCCAUUGACUAUGAGGCAGAGCUGGCAGUCAUCAUAGGACGACCAGGGCGAGGCAUCAAGCCUGAAGAUGCCAUGGACCAUGUGUUCGGCUACACCAUUCUCAACGACGUGACGGCCAGAGAUGUGCAGAAGCGCCACCAGCAGUGGUUCCUCGGAAAGAGCUGCGACACAUUCUGCCCCAUGGGCCCUUGGAUUGUGCUGGCAUCUGAGAUCAACGGCCAGGAUCUUCACAUUCGCUGCUGGAUAAACGGCGAGCUUCGGCAGAACUCCCGCACUUCACAGCUCAUCUUCCCCAUCCCAACUCUAAUCGCCACCAUCUCAGCCGGCAUCACCCUGCAGCCAGGCGACAUCAUCGCCACCGGCACCCCUGCUGGCGUGGGCUCUGGCUUUGACCCGCCAAGGCAUCUCACGGAAGGGGACUCGGUGCGCAUUCAGAUCGAGAAUGUGGGGGAGCUGAUAAACCGCGUGGAGUGACCAUUCACCAACCAGUGCAGAUUCGUUUGGAAUGUACUGCAUCUGUGCUUGCACAAACCGAAAGCUUGCGUUGCUUAGUGUCAGCAACAAGGCUGUAUCAUGUUAUGAGGGUCAAGUGCCUCAGAUUUCAGGCAAAUUUCCCUGAUUCAGGGUUUUUUCAGAGGUUUUGUCGGUACCAACCCUCAUGUGCUAGGAUCUUUUCUUCCCUUAACCUUGAUAAAUCAGAGUUUUUUUAUAACUGA